CAGCGGCAGCAGGCGGAGGUAUCAGCAGCCACAGCACCACCACCACCUCCACCAGCAGCGACCAGGCAGCCACACGCAGCGGCUGCAGCCACUCUUUCCGUACUCAGGCCAACACACCGGGAAGGUCGUGAGAGCUGACAUUUCCUUCUCACAGGGGCCACGCGAGGGACCCUCAGAAGAGGCAGCACCGGCAGACAGACAGACACACACACAAAGACAGAGCCAUGCUGGAAUACUACCAGACGUUAGGAGUCCGGCAAGAUGCGACGCAAGACGACAUCAAAAAGGCCUACAGAAAACUGGCUUUGAGGUGGCAUCCGGACAAGAACCCAGACAACAAGGAGGAAGCAGAGAAAAAGUUCAAGGAGCUGUCAGAGGCAUAUGAAGUGCUCUCAGAUGAAAAAAAGAGGAAUAUUUAUGACCGAUAUGGCAAAGAAGGCCUCUCAGGAGGAGGGGGAGGAGGAGGAGGAGGAGGCUAUUACGACCACUUCGGCGGAGGCAGUUUCACAUUCCGUAAUCCCGAGGACGUUUUCAGGGAAUUCUUUGGUGGCAGAGAUCCUUUUGCAGAUUUUUUUGCGGACGACCCCUUCGAGGAUGUCUUCAUGGGCGGCCGCAGUCGUCAGAGGGGGCCGAGCCGGAGCAGGAUGGGGGGCUCGCUCUUCGGUUUCGGUAGCUUUCCAGCAUUUGGAUCCAGUCUCUCAGGUUUUGAUUCAGGUUUUAACACAUUUGGAGAUAUGGGCGGAGGAGGAUUCACCUCCUUCUCGUCUUUCGGCGGCGGCGGCAGCGGCGGCGGAGGAGGAGGAAUGGGCAACUUCAAAUCCGUGUCGACCUCCACCAAAUUCAUCAACGGCAGAAAAAUCACCACAAAACGGAUUGUGGAGAACGGCCAGGAGCGGGUGGAGGUGGUGGAGGACGGCCAGUUAAAGUCUCUAACAGUGAAUGACAUCGCCGGCGAAGAACCCCUGGAGGAGGAGUUCCGUCGCCGCCGACAGAACGCUCUGCCCGGCUUCGGCCUGCACCAGCGCUACCUGAGGAGCUCGGCUCAGAACCCCGCCGAGGAAGAGGAGGAGCUGGGCCUGCAGAGCCUAACGAGAGGACACUUGGACACCAAGAGGAAGAAACUGUGGCUAAAGGAAGCCGAGUCCAAAAAGAAACGAGCUCCUCGGCUUUACAACCGGUUCGGUGGACUUGGUACCUUUUUUUAAAAUCACGCAGGAGAGCCAGUGAUCACAUGUGGCAUUAGUUCCUCUUCGCUUUGGCCCCACGGCCUCGCCGCUGCUCCGUCAUCUCCCCCCUGUAAUCGGCCCGCAGAACGAAAACACAGCUCCCGCCUGCUUCUGAGGGCCAAACGGAGAUCUCGCUCCCAGAGACGCAGCUCACCUGCUGUUAUUGCUGUAUUUAUGGUGGAAGGGCUCUGUGCAUGUACAGCCAGCAUUCACAACUUCAAAUUAAUCCCUCAUUGGACUUCUCUACUUCUCACAGCGUGCUUUGAAAGAGUAUUCUUGUGUUUGAAAGGCGGAGUUAUCGCGGCAGCCUUGUUUCCAAUAAACGCGAAAAACGCUGCAGCAUGUGAGAAUACGCGAAGGCCGAACCAUUCACUGAAUUCUCCUUUCACGCCGCACAAGGAGGUAGACGCAGGAGCGGGGAAUGUGAGAGUAAAACGAUACACGGUCGCACAAGAGAUUCAUUCAUCAACAUGUUUUUUUUUCUUUCUUUUUUUUUUGCUCGCUCCUACAUGAAUUCUUAAUAACCUCCUCUGUUGUUUCACCUCGACUUCCAACAGGUGAAAAGUUGCUUUCACCUCUACUCCGAGCCAUCCUCAGCUUCUUUUGCCGCAGGGCUCUUUGUAUCGAGUAGUUUCAGCAACACAUUAACUUCAUCGGGUGUUUUUCUUUUUUGUAAACGAUUGAAACAAAACGUCGCUUUUCGUUUGUCUGGUUUGUCCUUGACAGAUUGUUGUCAUGAUGAGUGGGAGUGAAAAUGAGGAAAUGUUCAUUUUUUAUGGACUCUUACUAUUAAAUACUCAAAGAAA